AUGGCGAACACAACCCUGCCUACCGCUCCCAUCGCCGGCAUCACGUUCCCGAUCACCCCCUUGACCAAAUCCGCCCUUGCCCACAUCCAGACCAAAAACAUCCCCUCCACUGUCAACCAUACCGUCCGUUCCGCCAUCUUCGCCCUGAUCAUCGCCUCCAAGCACCCCGGCUUGAGCACCGUCGACCACGAAGCGGUCGCCACCGCAAUCCUACUGCACGACCUGGGCUGGUCGAAAGACCCCGACUGUCGAUCCCGAGACAAGCGCUUCGAGGUCGACGGCGCGAUCGCCGCAAAGAAUUGGCUCGCCUCCUCCGUUGAAGCCAAGAACGCGGCUGCCGUGGGCGGCGACCUCAACGCGAUCUGGUACGCCAUCGCACUACAUACCACCCCAUCUGUGUCUCUGCACUCCCCGGACCCAGUCGUCGUCGCUACAGCGCUCGGCAUCGUCGCAGACUUCUUGGGGCCGCACACACCUGGCGGACUAAUCACGGAAGAGGAGUUCAAGGAAGUGUUGGCGGCGUAUCCGAGAGUUGGGUUCAAGGAGGACAUGCUGGAGAUCAUGUGUGGAUUGUGUAGGGAGAAGCCGGAGACGACGUUUGAUAAUUUUGUGGGGGAUAUUGGGAGGAAGUGGGUGGAGGGAUAUGAGGAGCAGUGGGAGAGGAGGAGGUUUGAGAGGACUGUAUGGAAGGUUUUGGAGGGGAACGGGGCGCUGGAGAGCUGA